AUGUCUUUGGACCCCCUCGCGCAGUCCCUCCCGGCCUCCAGCAGACAAAAGGGCCGCAAGAAGCCUCCAGGCCUGGCGGACAUUGCCACCGCGGCGCUCUCCUCGCCGGCUAGCACCUUCCGGCUUUCGGAGUCGGGCACCUUUGAGAAGGGCGGCUUUCAGAUCAAGGCGAGCGGCAUCUCCGCCACCCCGGCGCGGCACGGAGACUUCUCGAGCCUCACCCUCUCCGAUCUUUCGACGCUCCACCCGCUCGGGACCGGCGCCUGCGGCACCGUCCACCUCGCGCGGCACCGGCCCAGCGGGACGCUGCUCGCGCUCAAGGCGAUCCACAUCAUGUCAACGCAGGGGGAGCGGCACCAGAUGCUCAACGAGCUGCGUGCCCUCUCCUCCUUCGACCACCCUUGCCUCGUCCCGCUGCUCGACGCAUUUUAUCUGGACGGCUCCGUCUACCUCGCGCUGGGCUAUAUGGACGGCGGGUCGCUCGAGGAGCUGCUGAGCCGGCACAGGCCCGUGGCAGAGGGCGCGCGCCUCGCCAUCACUGGUCUUCCCGAGCCGGUCGUCGGCCACGCCGUGCUGCAGACCCUCUCUGCGCUGGCCUACCUCCACGGCCGCGGCGUCGUACACCGCGACGUCAAGCCCGCAAACAUCCUGCUCGACUCGCAGGGCAACGUCAGGCUGGCCGACUUUGGCAUCAGCAAGCAGCUCGAGGCCACCUUUGGCGUGGCGCGCUCCUUUUGUGGCACCGCGGUCUACAUGGCGCCCGAGCGAAUCAGCGGCGCCGAUUACACGCAGAGCUCCGACGUCUGGUCGCUCGGCAUGGUCGUGGUCGAGUGCGCCGUGGGCCUCCACCCAUUCGCCGCGGCGCAGUCGUACUACGACCUAGUGGUCGGGCUUUCCUCCGGCGCCGACCCACCCUCCCUCCCGGAGGGCCUCUUCUCCGCGGAGGCACGGGAUUUUGUCGCCGCGUGCCUCCGCGUAGACCCGGAGAAGCGGGCGACCGCUGAAGGGCUGCAGCGCCACCCGUUUGCGUGCGCCGUUUCAGGAGAUGGCACCGCACGCACGCCCGAUCAGCUCGUGGCCGGCGCCGCAUUCCGCUUGCGCCAGUGGCUGAGCCAGACCUUUGGCGGGGGAGACGGCUAG